CUUCAUAGUACGGACCUGGAUUACGUCGAAAUCGAAUCGAUAGCUCGAACGGAAGACAAAUCAACGAAAUCAACCGAACGGGUCAAGUCGAGUCAAAAUACGAAAUUGACCAAUCAAUCCGGCGUGGAGGUUAAUCUGCCGGCGAUAUCAACUCGGGGCAGCGGCCGGAUGCGGCGACGGUGACGGACGCCGGCGACAGUGGCGUAGCGGCAGCUCGACGGCGGUGAGCAGCGACUGGCGGCGCUGCAAUCGACGGCGAGGAAGGACACCGGCAGUGGAGGCGACGUCCAGCGCUCGGCGUGGCGGCGCUGCAAUUCGUCGGCGAUGAUGGCGGAUUUCCGGCGAAGGACACAGCGGUGGCGCUGGACAGCGACUGGCGACGCUGGGCGGCGACUGCUCCAAUUGGACGGCGACGACCUGCUGGGGAAGGGCGACGCCGGCGGCUGGUUGCUUCAACUGGACGGCGACGAGGAGCGGCGAUUGGCUGCGGCGAGGCUGGGGAAGGCGACCUGCGAUGAGCGGCAACGCCGGCGGCUGCUCCAAUUGUACGGCGGCGAAGAUGCAACUCGGCGGCGGAGGUCGAUCGGCGAAGAAGAAGAAGGAGGAGGAGGAGAUGUGCGGUUGUGCGGUUCUCAGAGAUCCGAAGGAAAGAAGAUAGGUUUAGUUUUCGGGGCGUUACAUUGUGAGUGGUUUCACAAGUUACCCAAGGGGUCGAUAGAUAAGUGGGGCGACCUGGCCCACAAGUUCUUGGAGCACUUCGCAUCCAGCCGGAGACAAAAGCUCCCCUUCUCGCAUUUGCUCAAUGUGAAGAUCCGGAAGGGGGAACAGCUUCGGGAGUUCAUUAAUAGGUGGGAGAAGGAGGCUAGGGAUGUCCAAGGGGCGGACGACCAAGCCCUAAUCGCCAUGCUCCAAGCUGCACUCCCCCAAGGGGAUGUGCGUAAGGAGCUGCGACGGAAUCCUCUCUCGACCUAUCAAGAGAUGUUGGCCAGGGCGAAGUACCUGGCGCUGGAAGAGGAAGAUGAUGAGCCACAAGUCCGGAAGGAGAAGAAAAGCGGGCCACCGGUGGCAGAAGGAAAGAAAAGGAAGGAUUAUGGUAAGGGGCCGAACCCCACCGGGUAUCAUGCGAACAGGCAUCCCGUUCACGCGGUACAGUCGUUGCCGGCCCCUCCUCAUGGUCGGGAAAGCUAUGGUGUGCAAGAUGCACCCAAAUACUGCGAGUACCACCGUAACAGCACCCAUAACACGUCGGAGUGUGUUACGCUAAGGAAGGAGAUGGAUCAGCUGAUCGCUAGAGGGCCACCUCCUCGGUCAGAGCGACCGUCCACAAGUAACCGAACCUGGAGGAGGCCGCCAGCCCCCACGGCAGCGAUCACAGCAGGAGAGGGGCAAGAAGAUGGACGGCGGCACCUAGGGCGAGAUUGUGAUGACCUAGAUGAGGAGGAGAGGCAAGGUCGCCGACACCUGGGGUGUCGGUUCAUCAUGGGAGGAAACACUGGAGGAGAUUCGGUAUCCUCCCGUAAGAAGUGGAAGAACAUGGUGUACCUGGCCGAGGUACAAUGGCCACCGCUACCUAAGCGAAAGAAGAAGGAACCUCUGAUCUUUACAGACGAGGAUUAUCCCCCAGUCCUCAGCCCUCACAGGGACGCUCUGGUGAUAAGAGUGGAGAUCAAUAAUGUGGUUGUUCACCGAACCUUGGUCGAUACGGGCAGCUCGGUCAACGUAAUGUACAGCAACACCUUUAAGGAUUUGGGAUUGUCCCGAAGCGACCUGAAACCAAUCCAUACGCCGCUGUCAGGAUUUACAGGGGAUACUAUCGAAGUAGAAGGAACUAUCACGGUAAAGGCCGGGGUAGGAGAUGGCACCCACCGACUCUGGGUCGACAUGGAAUUUAUG